AUGCCCGUCGUCUCGCGCCUCGCCUCCAUCGUGCUCCGCGUCGCGGAAAUCGCCUUUGCAGCGAUCGUCGCCGGUCUCAUCGGGCACUACCUCGCCUCGUCUUCCGACGUCGACAUCUGGCCCCAAGCCCGCUGGAUCUACACAGAAGUCAUCGCCGGCCUAUCGAUAUUACUGGGCCUAAUCUGGCUCAUUCCGUUUUCCUCGAGUUUCUUCAGCUGGCCUCUGGACGUCCUCAUCUCCUUCGCGUGGUUCGCGGCAUUCGGUAUUCUCGUCGACGCCCUGCGCCAUCUGCCCUGCGGCAGCAUCUGGGGAUGGCACUUCUUCAACAACUCGGUCUGUGGGCGCUGGAAGGCUGCUGAGGCAUUUAGCUUUUUGUCGGCUAUUCUCUGGCUCGUGUCUGCCAUCGUGGGUAUCUGGUUUACCUUCCGUGUUCGCGACACUACUUCGGAUGGAAACCACCGCCGUCGCUGGGGUCGCUCUGCUGUCUAA